GUUUCGCCCAUGCGACGGGCCGUCCGGGCCGUAGUCGUAGUGGCAUGCCGCCUGCCUCGUCGCUAGGACUGCCCCGACUAUAAGACGUCGACUUGCACGACGGCGUCACAUUCCACACCACCACCUCGCUCCCUCGCAACCACCAUGGCCCCGGCUUACCAAGACGAAACGGUGCGCGACCAGGCGCUCGACUCGAGCCUGGCCUUUGCGCCCAAGAGCGCGUCCCACCGCCGUGCUUACUACAUGGCCAUCAUCUCCUUUGCGGGUAUCUUUCUCUUUGGAUACGACACUGGACUGGGAGGAGGUGUGAUCGCCCUCACGACCUUUUCUCACGAGUUCGGCCUGGCGACAGCAAGCAAGACGCACCUCGCCACGCUGCAGGGCAACAUUGUGUCCAUCCUCCUCGGCGGCGCCUUCUUCGGUGCGAUUGCCGGCGCGCCCGUCGCCGACAGGUGGGGACGCGUCAACACGCUCUGGCUCGGCUGUAUCGUGUUCACGAUUGGCGGCGUGAUCCAGACGGCGUGCUUCGGGUCCUUGAACCAGUUCUACAUCGGCCGCCUCGUCGCGGGCUUUGGCGUCGGUUUCAUGUCCAUGGCGUGUCCUACAUACGCUGGCGAGAUCGCGCCGAAGGAAAUCCGAGGCCGCAUCACGGGCAUGUUCCAGAUCGUCGUCACGAUCGGCGUCGCCUUCUCGUACUGGAUCAACUAUGGCGUGUCGUUCAUGAAGCUCUCGGACGGGCCGAAGCAGUGGCGUAUUCCUAUCGGUUUCCAACUUGUUCCCGUCGGAAUCAUGAUGAUGAUGCUCCCCUUCCUGCGCGAGUCCCCCCGCUGGCUCGCAACCAAGCACCAGUCGGACAAGGCGCUCAAGAACCUCGCGUGGAUCCGUAACCGGCCCGAGGACGACGUGGCCGUGCAGCUCGAGUUUGCCGAGAUCCAGGCGGCCGUCAAGGAGGAGGAGGAGACCAACAAGGGCGCAAGCUGGCGCGAGGUCUUCCAGAAGGGUAACCGCGUGCGCUUCCUCAUGGCCUUUGUGAUCUUCACGCUGCAGCAGUGGAGCGGACAGAACUCGAUCGGAUACUACGCCCCCAUCAUCUUCAAGGACAUUGGCCUCGUCGGCCCCAGCACUGGCCUGCUCGCGUCCGGAGUCUACGGCCUCGUCAAAAUCGUCGCCACAACCAUCUUCAUCAUGUUCGGCGUCGACCGCUUCGGGCGCAAGUGGCCGCUUAUCAUCGGCGCGGGCCUCAUGUCCAUGUUCCUGUGGAUCAUCGGCGCGAUCUACCACACCCACCCGCCCGUCUCGAACGCUGGCACGACGUCCGGCGCGUCCAUCGGCAUGGCGGUCAUGAUCUACCUGUUCGUCAUCCCGUACUGCUUCUCGGUCGGCCCGCUGCCGUGGGUCAUCUGCUCCGAGAUCUUCAGCAACCGCACGCGCCACUACGGCCUCAUGACGGCGGCUGCGACGCAGUGGCUCUGGAACUUUGUCGUGUCCAAGUGCACGCCGCUCAUGGUCAUCGCGCUGCCCAACGGCGGCAUGUUCUUCUUCUUCGCGUGCAUCAACAUCGUGUCGGUCGUCAUCGCGACGCUCUUCCUCCCCGAGACGCGCGGCCUCUCCCUCGAGGCCAUGGACAUCAUCUUUGGCGCCACGACCGCCGAGGAGCGCGAGCGAUACCUCCAGGCCCAGGCGCAGGAGAUGCACAUUGAAAAGGGGGGCGAGAGCGUCCAUGUUGAGAAGGUGCGGACCAAGGAGACGGUGUAGGCGGGUGUGUGGCAGAAUGGCAGGGUGGCUUGUAUCGCAUGGAGUAAAGUAGGACGUGAUGUGACUUGUUUGGGAUGAUUUGAGGGCCUGGUUAC